GUGCCGCCCCACCCGGCCGCACCUCCCCGGCCGCGACGCCCCUUCCCUCCUCCCUCCCCGGAGCCGCGGAGCUGUGCGGCGCGGAUGGGCCUCGCUGCGGCCAGCUCCCGGCGGAGGCGAGGCGGGCGGAGCAAGGGCGGAUGGCGGCGCGGCCUCGAACUCGGCCUCGACCUCGGCCACGGCGGGGCCUGAGGGGAGCCCCUUCAAGCGGCUGCUACAGGUCAUCGUCGCCGCGUUCCGGAAGAGGAAGGUGGACGUGCCGGAGGACACCGGCUUGCUCUACCACAACAAGGAGCUCGACGCCCCCAUCGCCGGGGGGUGCCGAGCGCGCUGCGGGCGAGCGGGUUCGGGUGCUGCUGAUGGCCCCGCCCCUCGCUAGGCCAUGCCGGCCAUGCUGCUCUCAUGCUCCGAGGUGAAAUUAACUGCAACAAGGUGGAUGGAAGGCGAUCAUGAUGGAAGUAAUAAUUUGAUUAAACAGUGGUUUUUAGUGUAUGGGGUCCCAAGAAAAUACAGAAGUUCGGUGGAGUUAUAUCAAGUUGCUUCCGCAUUUGGAGUGUUGAUUGACGUGGACGAGGAAAGUUUCAAAGUUGGGGAUAAGGAGCCUAUAUGUCUGAAGAUAGCAUUAACAAAUAUUGACGGUGCUCCAUUCUCCUACCACUACGUGGUUGGAUGGCCUUCCAGAAUGGUCAUGUUAACAGUACAAGCAAAAAUAGAUUCAGAGAACAGCAGCCGUAGCACAAGGACUGUAAAUUCAGCAGGCAACCACAUGUUGGACUUCGGAGAUUCCUCAGAUAAGGAGCAUACAAAGGAACUUAAAGCAGCACAAAGUACACUGCUGAAAGAUCCGGCGUGUAUUGAACAGUCAAGAUUACAUGAUGGCAAGACCAAAGAAAACAAAAUAACUACUCCAGCAGCCACAGUAAACAACUCGAAGGAAACAACAAUACAAAGUUCAAAACCUGAAGGGGUGCAAUCGAUAUGUCUAAAGUCUAAACUCAACAAGAAUGAUUGGAGAAGACCGUUUCAAAGGUAUAUAUUAAACCCUCCUAUCAAGCAUGUAUACACAAGGCGAAGUAAGAAGCAGCAAGUUACUGAAGCAAUAAACAAAAGCUCAUUGAAUUAACUGGAUUAAGGAAUGAGUCCAGAGAGCAGUAAUGCUGCAAGGAUUGGGGCUUCAGAAAUGGAAUGCAAGAUGGAACUGAAGAUGGAAGAAAUGACUCUAAUGGGAGUAAG